AUGAGCUACGUGCCUCCGGAAGCCGUGCCCAUCUGCGCGGCGGACGGCACGGGGGUGGAGGACCUGCUCCACGUCCUGGAUGCUGUUAUCGGUGCGCAGCUGGACAAACAGCGGCGAACGGUGAAGUUUCCACAGGAGCUCAUGCCACAGGUGAUGGCGUUUCUUCACAAGAAUGGCGCUGUGGAUCAAGAAUCAUUGUCCAUCGAAGAGGACGGUGACUCAACGACGGCGCAGGUGUGGUACAAGCAGAAUUUGCGCAUGCAGCCGAAGUCUGUCUGUCCAACUUCAAAGCAGUUACAAAAUGGAAGGUGUGCAUUGAUGCCGUUCUGCCCGCCGUUGGCUGGAAGCGCUGGGAAGCAGAGUGGCGAAAUCUUCAACAGACCUGAAAAUUUCCAUGCCGCCUGCCUUCUUUACUUGUGCAUCCUUGCACUAGUCACUAUAGUCACUUGUAGACAUUGCUAA